AUGGCGGGCCCCCGGCCGGAUCCCGAGCUGGCCCGGCAGCUCUUCUUCGAGGGCGCGGCCGUGGUAGUGCUGGACAUGCCCGAGGGCACCGAGUUCGGCAUUGACUACAGCGCGUGGGCCGUGGGGCCGCGGUUCCGCGGCGUGAAGAUGGUGCCGCCGGGGCUGCAUUUCGUGCACUGCAGCGCGGACGGCGCCGGCGGGCGGGACGCGGGGCCUCGCUCCGGCCGCUUCCUCAGCCUGCGGCGCCGUGAGGUGCGGGUGCUGCGCUGGGACCCCGCGGGCGAGGCCGUGCGGCCCGAGCCCCCUGAGCAGGGCGAGGCGCUGCGGGACCGCCUGCGGGAGCUGGACCCCUUCCUGGGGCCCUACCCCUACGAGACGCUGAAGAAAUGGGUGUCGCUGAGCAACUUCAUCAGCGAGGCGGCGGCCGAGGAGCUGCAGCCCGAGAGCGGCCAGAUCUGCGCCUUCGCCGAGGUGCUGCCCGAGGCGGCGGGGCGGCACACGCGGGACCGCGCCGGGCAGCGCCGGCCGCCGCUGGGCGCCGAGUGCCGCAGCUACGCCGAGGGCCUGGCCCGGCUGCCCCGCAUGCGGCCGCGGGCCGGCACCCAGAUCCGCUUCUCUAAGCUGCCCCGGCAGGCCUUCCCCGCCGGGGCCAGCCCCGAGGAGAUCACCCGGCAUAGCAUGGACCUGAGCUACGCCCUGCAGCAGGUGAUGGAGCAGCGCUACCCCGGCCGGCCGCUGGGCCUGCUUGCUGAGUUGCAGUUUGCCUUCAUCUGCUUCCUGAUUGGGAAUGUGUACGAUGCCUUUGAGCACUGGAAAAGACUCCUGAACAUCCUGUGCCGUUCAGAAGAGGCCAUAGGGAAGUACCAGGAUCUUUACAUCAACCUCAUUUCUGUGCUGUAUCACCAGCUCAAUGAAAUCCCAGCAGAUUUUUUUGUGGACAUUGUCUCCCAAGACAACUUUUUAACCAGCACCUUACAGGUGCUGUUCUCCUGCACAUGCAGCUCUGCUGUGGAUGAGACUCUGAGGAAAAAGGCUGAGAAGUUCAAAGCUCACCUAACAAAGAAAUUCAAGUGGGACUUUGAGGCAGAGCCUGAUGACUGUGCCCCUGUGGUGGUCCAGCUGCCUGAGGGUGUGCAGGUGGACUGAGCCAAAGGCCCCCUUAGGAGCAAACAGCUUCUAAAAUGACCCUUUCCUUCUUUUCUCCAACACUGCCAGCUUCUUAAAGGCUGUUUCUGGAGCUGAUCCUCUUUCUGCUGGAGUAACAGAUGUGGUAAACCCAGGUGGACGCUGAGCCCUGUGAGGAGACCAGAGGUGUUGGAGGAGUUUGAGUGUUGCCACGUGGCUGCUUUGGACACCUUGGAGUUUUCCCAGCCCUUCUGCAGCAUCUCUCCUCCUAGAACACAAACCACAUACAAAGUCAGAGAAUCAUUAAAGUUGCAAAAGUUUUAAUAUCAUGGAGUUCAACCCUAAAUCUAACUACCAGAAUCCUCCUGCACUCAUCUGUCCUCUGCAUCCGUGCUCCCCUCUCCUGCGGGGCUGGAGCUGAUGCCCUGCUUGGAGAGCACCUGUGAUUCAGGGCUGUAAAGCCCAUGGAGUGGUUUUGGCAGCCCAAAACAGGCUGUGAACUGAAGUUCAACUUUUGCUGGGCUCGUGUUGCAGUGGUGCGACCAUGACUGUUGCACUGCUGUGUUGGGUGCUCAUUGUGAUUUAAAUGUUGGGUAGGUGGCUCAAAGCCACAACAAAAUUCUUCCAAUUUAAACCCUUUUUUUUUUGUGUUUAUUACUGACAUUGUUUUGCCUGGUGUAAAAGAAAGUGAACGCUUUGGUGACAGGAAAUAGUUACUGGACUAUAGUCUCCCAGGUGUUAAAGAACAGAGCCGGCAUGAGAUAAAGGAUCAGAUUUCCACUUGAACUGGAUCCUGUUUUGUUAUAAUUGGAAAUACUAUGUUUUUGCUCAAAAACAGUGACUGAAAAUUAACAGUUUGUAAUGGUCAGGUUCCCAUGAUGAACUGCACUUUUAGCAGCUGAGAAACAAGAAUAUAACUGUACUUCCAUUGUGGUGGGAUUUUUCUUUUUGCAAGGUUGUAGUAGGGAUAACUAAUCAGAAUCCCAAAUUGUUUGGGCUGGUAGGGAUCUUAGAGACCAUCAUGUGUCACUGCUGCCAUGGGCAGGGACACCUUCCACUGUCCCAGGCUGCUCCAAGCCCUGUCCGACCUGGUCUGGGACACUGCCAGAGAUCCAGGGGCAGCCACAGCUGCUCUGGGCACCCUGUGCCAGGGUCUCCUGACUCUCACAGGGAAGAAUUCUUUCCCA